AUGAAUCAUGAAGGAGAUAUCGUCUUAAUAACCGGUGCUACUGCCGGAAUCGGUCAAGAACUUGCGCGACAAUUAGUCAGCGAAUUUCAGGACAGAAUCACCAUUUGCUUAGCUUGUAGAAAUAUAAAGAAAGCCAAUGCAACGAAAGAAAUGCUAAUGUCACUAUGCAGCACAGCAAAAGUUGAUAUUUUAACUUUAGUUACAAGCGAUGCGAAAUCUGUGAUAGCUGUAGCCGAAGAGAUUAAAAGAAGAUACAGUUACUUAAAUCACCUAUUUCUAAAUGCUGGCAUUAUGCCUAUAACACAGUUUGAUUGGUCCCAUUUCGUAAGCGGUUUCAGGUCCUUCAGCUCCUUCAUUAACAUGUUUACAACUGGCGAAGGCCUCAUUAUCCAGAAUGAUAGCGUUACAAACGAUGGCCUGCAAUCUGUCUUCGCAACCAAUUUGUUUGGCCAUUAUUUACUGAUUAGUGAGUUAGAAGACUACUUAGCAGCUAGCAACAAAAUGACUCAUAUUGUAUGGACUUCUUCCAGUGCUGCAAAUCGCGCUUCGUUUUCACUAGAUAAUAUGCAACACGUAAACGGGAAAGACCCAUAUGGUUCAUCGAAGCAUGCUAUCGAUUUAUUAAACGUUAGUCUAAAUGAGAAAUUGAAUUCUAAGGGUAUCUAUUCUCACGUAACUUGCCCUGGACUGGUAAUGACGAAUUUAACGUAUGGAAUUAUGUCCCCCAACUCUUGGUAUCUGCUCUAUCCUAUUAUCGCUCUUUUGAGAAUGUGCGUAUCCAAUCUGAACAUCACUGCUGCAAAUGGUUGUACAGCAUUGCUUCCAGUUGAAUCGACCGCUUCCAACAAUCUAAGAGAAAAAUUGGAUCAACUAAUAAAGGAAGUAAAAUCUAAAUUACGUGAAUAA